AUGCAAACCAUCAAGUGCGUUGUUGUUGGUGAUGGAGCCGUUGGUAAGACAUGCUUACUAAUUUCAUAUACUACAAAUAAAUUUCCUUCUGAAUAUGUACCAACUGUUUUUGAUAAUUAUGCUGUAACAGUCAUGAUUGGUGGUGAACCAUAUACUUUAGGAUUAUUUGAUACUGCUGGACAGGAAGAUUAUGAUAGACUUCGUCCACUUUCCUAUCCACAAACUGAUGUUUUCCUUGUUUGUUUUUCUGUUAUAGCACCAGCAUCUUUUGAAAAUGUUAAAGAAAAGUGGGUUCCAGAAAUUGCUCAUCAUUGUGCUAAAACACCAUUUUUACUUGUUGGUACACAAAUUGAUCUUAGAGAAGAUCCUACAUGUGUUGAAAAAUUGGCAAAGAAUAGACAAAAACCUGUAACAUUUGAAAUGGGUGAAAAAUUAGCCAAAGAAUUAAAGGCUGUUAAAUAUGUUGAAUGUUCUGCUUUAACUCAGAAAGGGUUAAAGAAUGUAUUUGAUGAAGCAAUUAUGGCAGCAUUGGAACCACCCGUUCAGCCAAAGAAAAAGAAAUGUAGUAUUCUCUAA